AUGGAGGUGUGUUCCAGUGCUUCUUUGCUGGGACAACAACUUACUCUCGUCGAACUCGAGAGGCUGUCGUUCAUAGGCCCUGAAGAGUUCGUUCAGGCGUUCGCCAAGGACAGUCCGCAUAUCGAUUCGUCGUUCAAAGACAUGAAGAAGACCAAAAAUCUCGAGUCGUACGUCCACUGGUUCAAUCGACUCAGCUACCUAGUGGCCUCGGAAAUAUGCAAGCAUUCGAAAAAAAAGCAGCGCGUCAAGACUAUCGAAUUCUGGAUCGAGACUGCCCGGGAGUGUUUCAACGUGGGCAACUUCAAUUCACUUAUGGCCAUCAUCGCAGGGCUAAACAUGUCGCCGAUAAGCAGGCUCAAAAAGACGUGGCACAAGGUACAACAGUCCGCCAAGUUUACCAUACUAGAACAGUACAUGGACCCGUCGUCCAAUUUUAGCAGCUACCGGUCGACGCUUAAGGCGGCCCUAUGGAGAAGCGCCGGAGCCACAGAUCAGCGACAGAGGGUCGUCAUACCGUUCUUUUCGUUACUCGUCAAAGACAUUUACUUCCUGAACGAAGGAUGCCGAAACAGGCUCGACAACGGCCACAUAAAUUUCGAGAAGUUUUGGCAACUGGCCAAGCAGGUGACGGAGUUCAUUACGUGGAAACAGGCGGCUUGCCCGUACGAGAAGAACGCCAAUCUUGUGUUGUUCCUCCUCACCACGCCGGUGCUCAACGAGAAAGCGCUCACAUUAUUGUCAUUCGAACGCGAACCGCCAGACAACAGCGUGGAAAAAGAACACUACAAAACCCUCAAGACUGCAUCGUAA